UGUGUUGCUGUCCUGAGCUGGUUGUGUAUUAACUGCAUUCACAAUGCUGCAUGGCUGGCUUUUGUUCUAACUGCAUUGGCACGUGUUCAGAGUUGGUGUGCUUGGAAUGGCCACUGGGACUGUACAGUGAAGCAUAAAUCCUUUUUAGCUGUCAGGCUUCACUAGCCAUGGGUGGGUGGGGGAGCCCUCCUUGGCUGGCUGCCCUGGCUAAUUAAAACCAAAAUUUGCUGUUGUCUUCAGAUUUUAAUUCAUGCUCAUCCCUGAAGACUAGUGGAAGCACGGUCUCCAGGCAGCUGCAGCAAGGUUUCGGAGCUUGUCUAUACACGGUUGUUUUAGAGCAGCCGAAGAGGUGGAUCACUCCCCAGCUGAUGCCGGCAUGGGGGUAGACGUUUUGGAAGCAGGUGACACCACACCUCCUACAAAGAGAAAAAGCAAGUUCUCAAGCUUUGGCAAGAUCUUCAAACCCUGGAAGUGGAGGAAAAAGAAAAGCAGUGACAAAUUUAAGGAGACUUCGGAAGUUUUAGAACGAAAGAUUUCUAUGCGAAAGCCAAGAGAGGAGCUGGUAAAAAGAGGGGUUCUGUUGGAAGACCCUGAGCAGGAUAGUGAAGAACCAGACAAGCUGAACCCACCUGCACUGAAGAAUGGCCACACAGUUCCGAUCGGCGGUCCCGGGCUUUGCAACCUGCCCAGCCAGGAGGAAGAGGCCACAAAGCCAUCCAGCCUUAGGAAGCCUGUUCCAGCUGAGGAACCAAAGAAAAGGCAGGGCUCCUCCAGCAGCCACUCUGGACCUGAACUAGAACCACCUCAGGAGCCAUAUGUUCCCAGACAGCCUCUGCUUCCUCCAAAAAGACCUCCUUCCACUUCCCAGGAGGCAAACGAAGCGCAGACAAAGGAUCCAACGCCUGCCAGCAGCACUACAAAAACUGUACCCUCCACCACAGCCCCUGUUGUAGCAAAGACAGUCAAUUCCACAGCUGCCCCUUCCCCAACUCCAAGGACUCUGCCCCCUGCUUUAGCCAGUGCCAACACUACUGCUCCCACGAGUACAACCAGCACAGCUCCUGCCAAACAGCCUCCCGUCCCUCCUCCCAAACCUGUCAACAGAAAUAGCAACUCAGUAAUAGCUGAACUUUCUCAAGCGAUGAACAGUGGUACAGGCUUGUCCAAGCCUUCCCCUCCUCUCCCGCCAAAGAGAGGCCUCCCGCCUAACAACACGUCAGAGGCAGCUACCGCUUCCAAGCCCCCAAACGACAGGACAAUGACAGCUAACCGCCCCACGCUGAUACCGAUGCACAUGACCUCUGUUUACCCACCACCCUCACCUUCACCACCAUUGCCCACACACGUACCCCCUGAACCUCCACGCCUGCCCCUGCCUGCCUCCACCCCUGUCUUGGACCCUCCGCACUCCCUGGACCUACCCAAAGAGAUGACGACAACUACGACUCCUACUCCAGAAGACUUCAGGUCCUUGGAAGUGUCGAAGAGGACAGCAGAGCAAGGGUUUGGCGAACCUCUCAUGCUGCCUCGCCUGCCCCAAAUCCCGUUGCACAUCCGUAUCCAGCAGGCUCUGGCCAGCCCUCAGCCUGUCACGCCGCCUGCCGAGGGGUCACACAGGGCUCACUCGCUGCUCUUCGAGAACGAUGGCUUUGGAGAAGACAAUGGCACGCUGGGCAGGACAAGGUCACUGCCUGUCACCAUCGAAAUGCUGAAAGUUCCAGACGAUGAGGAAGAAGAUGAUGAUGACCAGGAAGAGGAGCAGAAUUCGGGCCCUCGUGUGUAUAUUGGAGAUGUGCCAUCUGUCACAGUCAUCCCGAAACUGGUGCCCCAGGUCCUGCCAGAGGAGCAGGAAGGAGAUGAAGGGAUGAGCGACUCUGACUCUGAGGGGCCCAUCCUGUACAAAGAUGAUGAGGAUGAGGAAGAAGAUGAAAGCCAUAACAGCACGCUGGCUAACAAAGUGAAGAGGAAAGACACGCUAGCUAUAAAGCUGGGAAACACAACCACGCUGCAGGAGGAGAAGGUUGUCUUCCCUCGGAAGAGCAAGGAGGAGUGGAAUGAAAUUCGGCACCAGAUUGGGACGACGCUGAUCAGGCGACUGAGUCAGAGACCAACAGCGGAAGAGCUGGAGCAGAGGAACAUACUUCAACCGAAAAAUGAAGCUGACCGUCAAGCUGAGAAGCGAGAGAUCAAACGCAGGCUCACCAGAAAGCUUAGCCAGAGGCCUACAGUGGCAGAGCUGCAGGCCAGGAAGAUCCUGAGGUUUAACGAAUAUGUGGAAGUUACAGAUGCUCAAGACUAUGACCGGAGAGCAGAUAAGCCGUGGACAAAGCUGACACCGGCUGACAAGGCUGCCAUCCGGAAGGAGCUGAAUGAAUUUAAGAGCUGUGAAAUGGAGGUCCACGAGGACAGCAAGCAGUUCACGAGGUACCAUCGACCAUAAUCUUCCAAGAAGGGAGCAAGAGACUCGAGAGGACUGCAAGUUCUCUGCGUCCCUCUCCUAGGCAAUACAGCGAGGGUGGAACCUCGGCUCUUCCAAGGUUUGCCUUCAAAACAUAUCCAGAAAAGGGCUUUCGGCCAGGGAAGGGGAAUCCUGUCUGAAUGUAGCAUUUCACUGGAACAAACACAUCUCGCGUGCCAUCAGGCUGGAACUGAACACUAUACCUCGCUCGGCUCAGCAAUACGCCUCUGCUCCAGCGCCAGCAUCCCUGCCAGGAGACCAUGCACAUGUGAACGAACGGUUCAUUCCCCAGCUCCCUUUCUCAGCCUGGAUAGGCCCAGUUCUCAGCUGUACAUACUCCUCCUGGGAGUGCAACUCUUUGUUUCCUCCUCCUUACCAAGAGGAGAGGGGGAAAAAAAAAAAGGCAGCUCUAAUGAUGGAAAGCUGAGGAGUGGAGAGUGGAUGUGCUAGGAAGCACGUGUGUAUAUUAGCUGUGUACAGAGAACCCUGUGCAGGUGCUGACCCGCCAGACAACUGACAUGUGACUCAUAAUUAACUUUUUUGGUUUUGCUUGCGUCUCUGUCAUGUUCUUAAUGUCCUGAAUCACUACUGACCAAUGGUUUGUUGUCUUGGAAGGGAAUUGUAUAGAUAUUAACAUAUGCUGCAUCUUUUUGUAAAAAAAAAGAAAAAUACAG